GCCAAUUUUGUGGCAAUUUUCUCCGACUUUGCGGCUCAAACGGGAUUUUAUGGGGCACGUCAAGGAUUUUUGAUGGUCUGAACUGUUGCAGAAAGGGCAUCGUCAUUAAAUAUUAAGAGAGAGGAGAUCCUAACAUUGCAGCCCUCCUUAUCAAUGCAAAUACCUCUUUUGUGUGCAGUCACAGCGCCUGUCUGGGAGCUGAGAUGAAUUUUUAAUUAUGUGUGACUGAAACUAACUGUGACAAGGACCUUUAUAAGAGCGAGGGAUUACAGAAAAUAAGCUGCAUUUAAGCGGAUGCCAGGAAGAGCGUGACUGUGGUGGUGCAGCGAGCCAUGAACUCCCAGGAUCUCCCUGCCAAAGAUGCCCCACUCACUGUCAACGAGCAGGUCAUUGUGAUGUCUGGCCAUGAGACUAUUCGUGUGCUGGAGGUCGAGGUCGAUGCGUCUCUGCCAUCGUCAGUGCCUGAUGGGAAGGGCGAAGGCAAAGCUGAGGAGGGGGUGACUCAGCCUGCAGAGCAACCUGAGGUUGGCAGCACGCAGGAAGGCCUCACUUUGCCCCAGAGCACUGGGGGAGUAGUGCUGGGCGAGCAGCAGGUGGUGUCUGUGGAGGCUCCUGCUCCUGCUGUCCAAACGCUGACUCCUGCUGUUCCCGUCAGUGUGUCCCUGCCGCAGCCCCAGGCCGCCAUGCCCAUCACUGUCCAAGGCUGUCCACAGGUGCUGACCCAGGAAAGUUUGGCCACUCUGAUGACCGGUAUGAUGGCCCAGACAGGAUCCCUGGGGCAGCCCGUGCUCAUCCCCCUCAGUAUGGCCGGCUCCAUCGGUGGCCAGGGUGGUCUGGCUGUCCUCACCUUGCCUACCACCAAUGUAGCCACUCUCCCUGCGUUUGCAGCAGCUAACGCGGCUGGAAACCUCCUCAAACUGCCCUUUGCUGGACUCCAAGCUGCGACAGUCCUGAACUCAGUCCAGCCCCAGCUGCACACAAAUGCACAGACGAUGUUCCAGCCUCACGCAGCGUCCAUACAGCCAGUGCAGGCUGCUGUGCAGCAGGUGACGUCUCAGCCAACACAGGUGACCAACGCACCGGUCUCCGCCGCUCAGAUGGCGGCGGCCCAGGCGACCUCGGCCACCACCACUGUUUCUCAGUCCAACAUAUCUGUAGCAGCUCUCCAGACUGCAGGACUCUCCAUCAAUCCUGCCAUCAUCAGUGCUGCUUCCUUGGGAGCUCAGCCCCAGUUUCUCAGUUCCCUCACCUCCACUCCCAUCAUCACCAGUGCCAUGUCCAACAUGGCUGGCAUCACCAGCCAGAUCAUCACAAAUGCCCAGGGACAGGUCAUAGGAACCCUCCCGCUGUUGGUUAACCCAGCCUCUCUGGCUGGAGGGGCUGCGACACCCACCCUCCCCCUGCAGGGUCUCCAGGUCCAGACCGUCACCCCACAGCUGCUUCUCAACACCCAGGGCCAGAUCAUUGCCACAGUAGGGAACGGACCUGCAGCUGUUGCAACUUCUGCUGCGGUUCUGCCCAAAGCCACAGCUCCUCCAACGCUCACCAAACCUAACACACAGGCUUUGGUUACAACUGCCACUCAGUCACCAGUUGUUAUCGCCCCGCAGCCGUCUGUACUGAAGACCGCCACCACGCUCUCUUCCACAGUACCCAUCACCUGUGGAGACAUAGCAAAAGUGGGCCAGCUUGUCAGCAAACCCCAGCAGGUAGUCAGCAGCGAGGAAGGCAUUAAUCUGGAGGAAAUUCGGGAGUUUGCCAAGAAUUUCAAGAUCCGUCGGCUGUCCUUGGGGCUUACUCAGACACAAGUGGGGCAGGCCCUAACUGCAACCGAGGGUCCGGCCUACAGCCAGUCUGCUAUUUGCAGGUUCGAAAAGCUGGAUAUCACCCCCAAGAGUGCUCAGAAGCUGAAACCGGUGUUGGAGAAGUGGCUGGCUGAGGCCGAGCACUGGAACCAGAAGGGCCAGCAGAAUCUGAUGGAGUUCGUUGGAGGUGAACCGUCAAAAAAACGCAAGCGACGCACUAGUUUCACACCGCAGGCAAUAGAAGUUCUUAACUCCUACUUUGAGAAGAAUGCGUUGCCCACGGGCCAAGAGAUUACAGAAAUUGCAAGAGAGCUAAACUAUGACCGAGAGGUUGUGCGCGUGUGGUUCUGCAACCGGCGACAGACGUUGAAAAACACAAGCAAAAUCAACGUCUUCCAGGUUCAGUAGCGGCAUCCUGGGAGGGUUCGCCACUGAUCUGUUGUCUCAAAUAAGUUUGAAGGAUUAUGAACUUUUUGAGGAAAUGAAGGAAAUGUAAUGCAAGUGUUAUGAAAGAGUACUAAAAAUGAGUAAUUGUAUUUUAAGGCUGUACAUGUGUACGCUACUUCUGUGUGGUGGGUACUAAGUCAAACUGCAUGGUCCUUUUAUCAUAUACAGUGAAAAUAAUACAGUGAUAAUAACAUGUAAUAUUUAAAAACGUUUGAACUUUUAUACAAGUGGUUUUAUAGGAUAUCCCUCUGAAUUAUACGAAGUGGCAGUGCAUUGAGUCACAUUGAUUUUAGUCACAUAAUUGUCACUUUGGCACAAUGGCUGACAUUACUCUGAUAUUUGAAUUACAUGCUUUUGCCAUCAUGGAUAGUAUUAAAAUUCCAGCUGCUUGUGUGUUUUAUAUUCAUGUAGUAUCUGUACUGCGUGAGCAGCUUUGAAAACAUAAAUAAGAUACUGACAGAUGCAAGAUGAUCCAAGACAAGAAGGCCUAUAACCUUAUUUUCAUCAGAGUCAGUUGUCUAAGAAACGUCAAAAAUUACUUGGGUUUUCUAUGGACUCCUGACUGCAACAACUUUUGGGACAAUCAUCGUUUUGAUAUUUCUUAUUGAUAAUCACAAAGAUGAGCUUAAAAUCAUUUCCUCUUGUAUGGUUUCAAAAUUUCAUUCUGCGGUGUGAAAUGUGUCGCACUGUUCGGUGUCCAUAGACGGUAAUUUCUGAUGUUCCAUGGACAACAGGUUCUCAUCAAAAUAAGCUGCAGCCUCAGUCACUGCCCGUGAUGCCACAACCAUAAACUUAUUUUUGUUUUUUUGUUUGUUUUUUUUGUAAAGUUUUGAUUUGUGAGUUACUGAUGGUGCAAAAACACAUACUGAAUGUCUGAGUGACGUGUGAAUUCUGUUUGUACACUUUCUGUUUAAUGUCCUUAUAAUACUCUGAGAGUAUUUUGUUUUUCCUCUUCAUUCACUGUUGUGACUGUUCCCUCAGUGGCAAUGCCUCUGCUGCAUUUCUCAUUUCAAGUAAGAGAGAGUAUAUUUGCAUAUAGGAUCUUAAUUGGCCUUUUAUGAAGUCAACUUUAAAAAGUCUCACGUUGCCAAGAAACAUUAGCGCCAGAUUUUUUUAGAUAGUUUUACUAAGCCUAAUAUCAAUCAAAUUGAUUUAUGGAGUUAAAAAAAAAAUGAAUUAACUGUUCGGUCAAGGACUGGGUUUUGUGGUUUAAUGUGUUAUGACUUUGAAUCUGAAUGAAUUAGAAGAUUGUUUGCAUGUGCAGUAUGAAGUUAUUUUCUGUAGGAACAAGACGGUUUUCUUUAUCUUUGCCAAUUCUCCAAGAAUUCUUUGCACUUUAGUAGAAGCAGGGAAAGUAAAAGGGUUGUGAAUGGUUUAUGUACAGUGCAAGGUUUCAGUGAUGUAUGUGAGAGAAUUUCAUUUCUGCAUUUUAAUGCUCUUGAACAGCAAGAGGCUUUGCUUUACAAAAUGUAGCAGUACUGGCAAAAUUGCAAUCAUCAACUUGACAAGCAACAUCAUUAAGAUUAAUGUACUUUUUAUGCAGAUGAAAUGUAUAAUACUGCAGAUUAAAUAGGAACUCGGAUAUGCAUUAAUCACAUUCUUUGAGUUUGUGAAUUAUAUGACGCAUUUUAUUGUUCACCUCAUAUUUGCCUUUUGAAUAACAGUAGGCCUAUAUUUCAGUGGACAUAGAGUAUACCUAACCAUAAAAGUUAAUAUUAUUGCAAAGUUCUUGCUUUAACACGUGUUUUACCUUCACAGUAUGUUCAGUAUGGGAAGACACGAUAUAAUAUUGUUUAAUAUACUAAGUUAUCAGUAGAGAAAAGAAGAGCUAAAUUAUAAUUACAAGAUAUUAGCUAUUAAUCAUUUUACUCUGCAAAGCACACAAAAAGUUCACAUCUUUGCAAGAUAAGGGAAAAACAAAAGUUGGAUGCUCUUUGUCACUUUCUGUCAGAUGAAUCAAAU